GGGGGAGGGGGGAGGAACAUGGCGCAAGCUCUGUCUGAAGAGGAGUUUCAGCGGAUGCAGGCUCAGCUUCUGGAACUCCGGACAAACAACUACCAGCUUUCAGAUGAACUACGCAAGAAUGGAGUUGAACUUGCCAGUCUUCGACAGAAGGUCGCCUACCUGGAUAAGGAGUUCAGUAAAGCUCAGAAGGCGCUGAGCAAGAGCAAGAAAGCUCAGGAAGUUGAGGUACUGCUGAGUGAAAAUGAGAUGCUUCAGGCAAAGCUGCACAGCCAGGAAGAAGACUUCCGUUUGCAGAACAGCACACUUAUGGCCGAGUUCAGCAAGCUCUGCAACCAGAUGGAGCAGCUGGAGCAGGAAAACCAGCAACUGAAGGAAGGAGCUGCUGGAGCAGGGGCCAUCCAAGCUGGCCCCCAUGUGGAUGGAGAGCUAUUGAGACUGCAAGCAGAGAACAUGGCCUUACAGAAGAAUGUGGCAGCCCUGCAGGAGCGCUAUGGGAAAGAGGCUGUGAAGUCCUCAAUUGUCAGUGGGGGCCAAGGGGACCAUGCAGGGAACCUGGCCCCCACUGUCCUGACCCCCAUGCCAUUGGCAGAAGUAGAGCUGAAAUGGGAAAUGGAGAAAGAGGAAAAGAGAUUGCUCUGGGAGCAGCUGCAAGGCUUGGAGAGCUCAAAGCAGGCUGAAACAUCCAGGCUGCAGGAGGAACUUGCUAAGCUGUCUGAGAAACUGAAAAAGAAACAAGAAAGUUUUUGCCGUCUGCAGUCAGAAAAGGAGACACUAUUUAAUGACAGCAGGAACAAGAUUGAGGAGUUGCAACAGCGGAAGGAAGCAGAUCUCAAAGCCCAGUUGGCUCGCACCCAGAAGUUACAGCAGGAACUUGAGGCUGCCAAUCAAAGUUUGGCAGAGCUCAGAGAUCAACGGCAGGGGGAGCGCCUGGAGCAUGCAGCCACUUUGCGAGCCCUACAAGAUCAGGUGUCUAUCCAGAGUGCAGAUGCGCAGGAACAAGUGGAAGGGCUAUUGGCUGAGAAUAAUGCCUUGAGGACUAGCCUGGCUGCCCUGGAGCAGAUCCAAACAGCAAAGACACAGGAACUGAAUGUCCUCCGGGAACAGACCACUGGGCUAACAGCUGAGUUACAGCAACGGCAGGCUGAGUACGAAGAUCUUAUGGGACAGAAAGAUGACCUCAAUUCCCAGCUCCAGGAGUCACUACGAGCCAAUAGUCGGCUUCUGGAACAACUUCAAGAAACAGGGCAGGAGAAGGAGCAGUUGACCCAGGAACUCCAAGAGGCUCGGAAGAGUGCUGAGAAGCGGAAGGCCUUGCUAGAUGAGCUAGCAAUGGAGACACUGCAGGAGAAGUCUCAGCACAAGGAAGAGCUGGGCGCAGUCCGACUCCGGCAUGAGAAGGAGGUGCUAGGGGUGCGCGCCCGCUAUGAGCGUGAGCUCCGAGAGCUGCAUGAGGACAAGAAACGGCAGGAGGAGGAGCUCCGUGGGCAGAUCCGGGAAGAGAAGGCCCGGACACGGGAGCUGGAGAAUCUCCAGCAGACAGUGGAAGAACUUGAAGCUCAGGUACAUUCCAUGGAUGGAGCCAAGGGCUGGUUUGAGCGGCGCUUAAAGGAAGCUGAGGAAUCCUUGCAGCAACAACAGCAAGAACAAGAGGAAACCCUUAAGCAACGCCGGGAACAGCAUGCUGCUGAGCUGAAGGGCAAGGAGGAGGAGCUAAAGAGUGUGCGGGAUCAACUCCAGCAGGCCCAAGAGGAGCGAGAUGACCAUCUGAAGACCAUCAGCAGCCUGAAGCAGGAGGUGAAGGACACAGUGGAUGGGCAGAGGAUACUGGAGAAGAAGGGCAGUGCUGCGCUCAAGGAUCUCAAGCGGCAGUUGCACCUAGAGCGGAAACGGGCUGACAAGCUGCAGGAGCGACUGCAGGAUAUCCUCACUAAUAGCAAGAGCCGCUCAGGCAUUGAGGAGCUGGUUCUCUCUGAGAUGAAUUCACCAAGCCGGACCCAGACGGGGGACAGCAGUAGCAUCUCCUCCUUCAGCUAUCGGGAGAUCUUACGGGAGAAGGAGAGCUCAGCUGCUCCAGCCAGGUCCUUAUCCAGUAGCCCUCAGGCCCAGCCCCCUCGGCCAGCAGAGCUGUCAGAUGAGGAAGUGGCUGAGCUCUUUCAGCGGCUGGCAGAGACACAGCAGGAGAAAUGGAUGCUGGAAGAGAAGGUAAAACACCUGGAGGUGAGCAGCGCCUCCAUGGCAGAGGACCUUUGCCGGAAGAGCGCCAUCAUUGAGACCUAUGUUAUGGACAGCCGCAUUGAUGUGUCUGUGGCAGCAGGCCACACAGACCGCAGCGGGCUGGGCAGCGUCCUGAGAGACCUAGUGAAGCCAGGUGAUGAGAACCUUCGGGAGAUGAACAAGAAGCUGCAGAACAUGCUGGAGGAGCAGCUCACCAAGAAUAUGCACUUGCAUAAGGACAUGGAAGUUCUGUCCCAGGAAAUUGUGCGGCUCAGCAAGGAGUUCGUGGGGUCUCCUGACCCUAACCUAGAGCCAGGAGAAGCUAAAUAAAGAUCUACAGGCGGCAUCCCCCCAUCCCUGAUGCCAUUCCCUUGGGCUGUGGUGGGAGAACAGACUGACACCAAAAUCUAGUAGUUUGGGAGGCUAAACAUUAAAGGGGCAAAAGGCCUGGUGGCUGGUGUCAGUGGCCCCAUCCUAGGACAGAGGCCCUUUGGGGAGUAGGCAUCCAAAGGGAACGAACGGGCAGGGAUUUCUCCCUCUUCUCAGCCCUGGUUCCCGGGAUCUUCUGCCUUCACCUCUGCAUGAGCUCUCUCCCAGAGACCUACUGUUUUUUUGUUUUUGUUUUUGUUUUGUUUUUAAUUUAUGUCUGGAAGCCUGGCUACUCUGCAUUUGGGAUUGGGGAUGUUGGGUGGGGGCAUGGUCUGUGUUCAGCGUUCUAGCAUCAUAUGUAUGUGUGCGUUGUGUAAAAGCUGUGCAGCCAAAAUACCAUCUGGCCAGACAGGCCCACUCAC